AUGACUUCAUUAAAAUCAACAACAAAGCGUAGUUUGAAGGUCGUGAAUAAGACAAUCACUUCUCAACAACAGCGGAAGAAGAUAAAAACCGAACCUGCUGAGGUAUCGAUCAAAGUAGAAACCGUUAAAAAGGAACAUAUCAAGAUCGAAAUCGAGAAUGAAGAAAUAGUCUCAUCUCCCAAUAUAUUUCCCAAGGCAGAACCUACUGCCCUGAGCAUCAAAGCACCCGAGAACUGGGUUAAGAUAUAUAAUGAGAUUGUAGAUAUGCGAAGUAAAUUCAUGGCUCCAGUAGAUACACAAGGAUGUGAACGAAUGCCAAAUACAAUUGAUCCAGGUAUUAAAACCCGUGAUCCUAAGAUAUAUCGAUUUCAAUUAUUAAUAUCAUUGAUGUUAUCCUCUCAGACUAAAGAUGAAGUUAAUUUUGAUGCCAUGACCAAAUUACAUCAAGGUAUGCAAAAGCGAGGGUUUACUAAUGGAUUAUGUAUAGAUGCUGUACUAUCGUUAUCGGAAAAGGAAAUUGAUGAAUAUAUAAACAAAGUUGGGUUUCAUAAUCGGAAAUCUCAAUAUAUAAAAAACGCAUGCGAGAUUCUAAAACAGAAGCAUAAUGGUGACAUACCUAAAACCAUCGAAGAAAUCGUGGAAUUACCAGGAGUAGGACCAAAAAUGGGAUAUUUGUUAUUACAAUGUGGAUGGGGGAUUAAUGGUGGUAUUGGAGUAGAUGUACAUUUACAUAGAUUAGCCCUAAUGUGGCAUUGGGUAUCAGCGAAAGCCAAUACUCCCGAAAAGGCAAGAAUUGAAUUAGAACUGUGGUUACCUGAACAAUAUUGGACACCAGUUAAUCCAUUAAUUGUGGGGUUCGGACAAGUAGUCUGUGUCCCUCGAGCUUCAAACUGUGAUGUAUGUACGUUGGGAACGAAAGGGCUCUGUAAAGCUGCCAAUAAGAAACUUGUUAAAGGUCCAAUAACCGAAGCUAGACUACUUAAAUUGAGAAAGCAAAGAGCUGAUCUUACAAAGUUAAUUAACGAUGUUAUAUAG